AUGUCUUACAUUACCUUUGAAAAUCUUAAACCGAUAGUAAAGUUGCCAGAUGAUUGUAUUACUGAUAUUUUUCAAUUUAUUGAUGACAAAUCAACAUUAUAUUCAUGUUUAUUUGUGAAUCGUUUUUUCUUCCAUUUAGCGAUACCAAAAUUAUGGAAUGAUCCAUUCUCUUUUACAAUCCCAACGCAAAGGUUAUCGUUGAUCAUACGAACGUAUAUAAAAUGCCUCCCUCAAGAUCGUAUUAAACAUUUACUUGAUGAAGGUAUCAUCAACACUAAUGGUUCCUCUCCUUCAUCUAUUGAAUAUCAUAAAUACCUAGUUGAGUUCGAAUACAUAAGGAUCAUCUAUUCAAUACAUUGUUGGUGUGUUGAGAAGGAAGAAACGAAAUUGUGUCAGGAAGUUCUCACGAAUGAAAUUUUUGAAAACCUAUUUUUUAAUCAAGUUAAUAAAAUGAGAAAUUUAAUCUUUCACAUUAAUUAUCAUACCAUGUACCUGAUUAAUGAUGAGAAUAUACAAUUUAUUGACAUCACUUCUUAUAGAGGAUCAAGCGACGUGUUAUCACAAAUUCAAGAAUUUGACAUAGAAUACCAUUUUGAGGAAUUUGAUUUUAAUGAAUUUCAAAAUUUUGAUGAAUUGGAACAUUUAAUCUCCCUAACGAAAAAUCUAUUGAAUUCACUUAUCUCACGCAAUAAAACCAUUAAAUGUCUCUGUUUGGAUUAUAAACCAUUCGUCCCAUCAACAGAAUCCAAAGAAAUCAUGAGAAUACUUUCAAACAUAAUUGAACAACAACAAAAUUUGAAGACACUGGACAUAUCGGAUGCCACGGAUUCAUUUGGAUAUAAGAGAUUUUAUAAUUCGCUUAUUUCGCAAUCUAAUUGUUUGACUUUUCUAAGGUUGGAAUUUCAAAUUACGUUGGAUAAUUUCCUUCUCUUAAUGUUUGAGUUGAAAAGUCUGGAAACGAUAGAGUUGCCAAUAGUUCCCUAUGAGGAGCCAAUCAUAAAUGGUAAUCAGGCAAGGGAAAAUAGGAUUACAUUUGAAUCCAUCACAAGGAAUACCGUCAUCAAGUUCAAUCUCAAGAAUAUAUUUUUCUUACCCAAGGAUGGUUACCCGUAUAAUAAAGAUGAUAGCUAUAAAGUGUUGCAGACCUUAUUAGAAUAUUCAAAUAAAACAUUGGAGACGCUGACCUUCUCAUUAUCAAACAACAAAGUUCCUUCUAUGCUUAUAAAUUGUCCAAAUAUAACACAUUUAUCCACGAUCAUUGACAAUAACAAUUUGAUUUCUUGUUUAAAAUUAAUUGUCGACUUACCAAAACUAAAUCAUUUAAAAUUAAAAUAUUCGGAAAAUCUCAUACAGCCCCCUUCUAAAAAUCAAAUAUUCUUUGAUGAAAUCAUCAUUUGGGACUUGAUUUAUCAGAUCCCCACUUCACUGAAGGUAUUGGAAUUUGAUUUUAUGAUUUCAAGUAAGGAGUUGAGAUUCUUCUUAUUGGACAAAUGCAGGGCAUCAUUAAAUGAAAUUACUUUUCAUAAUAAAGAAUUAAUCACUGCUCAGCACUUUAAGGUCUUGACAGAGUAUGCCAAACAAAAGAAAUCAUUGAAGAAAUUUAGAUAUCAUUAUAUAUAUUUAAAUGACGACUUUUAUUUUACCACUGACGAUGAUAUGGAUGAACGAUAUAAUGAAUAUUCUAGUUAUUACGCAUUAGAAGAAUUGGAGAGAUCCAUCCCAAACAUUUCUGAUCCUAUAGAUUUUAUUACUCCUUUCUAUGAAUAUUGA